GGUUGAUUACGAUUCACAAGGCUUCUCACUAUGGAUACAAGGACAUUCUCCAAGAGCUUUUAAACGCAGGAGCAGCGAAAGACACACAGGAUAAACUGGGCAGGACCGCUCUACACCACGCAGUGAUUGAAAGGAAGGCGGUGUCAGUGAAUCUGCUCCUGGCUGCGUGCUGUGACAUCACUCUGAAAACCAAACGAGGAGAAACGGCGCUGAGAAUUGCAGAGAGGAAAGGCAACUCAGCCAUCAUAAAUGCUCUGAAAAAUCAUAACGCAUGUAAAUAGACAAACAGCGUUGACAAGAGACACUCAACCACACCGCUCUUCAAGUCUUCCCACUGAAUGGCUGCAUUAUAGAAAACUUUGCAACCCAUAUUUUCCUCGCUGCAAGACUAACAUCAACUGCCUAACACGGGAUUCAAUUGUCAGCUUUGCAACAAAUACUUCUACAAUCUCCAGCAUAUAAGUGUUGUCAAUCCCGCCGUUCUUUGACAAGUAGGUCAGGAUGAGGAUUGAAAAGUUUCCUUUUGCCUCCUUGAUAUUCAUCAGCAUAUCCCUCUGUAUAUACCGUCUGUCGGCAUUUGCAACAUCAGCGUUGGUGGAGGCUGCAAGAAAAGAUCUUCUGUCAGGGUUAUCCGCGACAGCAAAAAGUGUGGUCAACAUAACAGCAGAACUAUCAAAAGAUAUCAACUCUCUGAAACACACACACACACACACAUACACACACACACACACACACACACACACACACACACACACACACACACACACACACACACACAAAAAAAAAAAAACCCACACACACAAAAAAAAAAAAAAAACACACACACACACACAUAUAUAUACACACACACGCGCAAGCAUGUAUGUAUUCAUAUAUACUUCUGAACAUACCACGAAUUUCAGGUGUUCCUCUGAAAAAUCGAGAGGACUUAGCCUUGGAUGCGACCGAACUCAUGUUGCUGAAGUUGCAGAGGCUCUGUGAAACCUCCCUUCGCUAUUCAUCUGCUGACAAACUCUGCCAUUUGCGGAGGCUCAAAUGUGCGGCUGUUUUUGAGGCCUGUGGGCCGACGCUCAACUCUUUCCAGUGCUGAAAAAGGUAUCCGUUUUUCGCGGUUGUAAGUUUGGGUUUUGAUCCUUGAUUAUUAGCAAUUGGCAUUAAUUAAGUUUUUUUACUGAUUUUUUUUCUUCGAACUUUGUCUUCCUCUCUUUGCCGGUGAGAUUAUUUUCUGUCAAAGCCUUUGCUAUUAAUUGCGUUUUGCUUCACUCAAGAAAAUUAUGAUUUAUUGUCAUAUCACUCACUGUCAAUUUCCCUCAAUAUUCAAACAGAGUUCUCAAUAUCAUUUCCGACUCAAAAAUCUCUUUCUUUCUUUCUGUUCCUUCUUCUGUUUUUCCAAAGAACCUUCUCCUUCCUCAAAAUUAAUCUGUGAACCGACAGUUGUAACAUAUCAAGAUUUUUUCCCAGUUAGUUGUAGCGUGACUUAAGGAAACGCCAUUUGGCAAUCAGUAGGUUAUGUAUAUGUGUAUAUAUAUAUAUAUAUAUAUAUAUAUAUAUAUAUAUACAUAUACAUAUAUAUACAUAUACAUACAUAUAUGCAAACACACACACACACACACAUACACACACACACACACACACACACACACACACACACACACACACACACACAUAUGUAUGUAUGUAUGCAUAUAUAUAAAAUAUGAAUAUAUGCAUGCAUGCGUGCGCGUAACUCCUCUCAAACUGGGAAUAAAGAUAAUUUAGUUCAAUUCAAUCUUCUCAGCGCUAAAGAGGUCAGUCAGUUGAAAAUCGUAUUUUUUCUAAAGUAUUACUGUCAGCGUUCGAAAGUCUUGCUCGUUUGUUUUAUAAAUUGCUUAUUCGCUUUGAAUCCAUAAUAUACUUGUCAGUCUGUUUCUGUCUGUCUGUCUGUCUGCCCGUCUGUCUGUCUGUCUGUCUCUCUGUCUCUCUCUCUCUCCCUCUCUUUCUCUCUUACUGUCUCUCCAGUUGAUCUCUAACUACUAAGAACUAGAAUUGUUUACAAAUAUCAUUCACCCCCCCACCCCCUGCAAAAAAUUAAUCAAAUGUGUUAAUUAAAUUAAUAUCUGUUCCGAUUACUUUCAUCUGCAACAAAUAAUAUCAACGCAAUACUGAUACUUUUUAAAGCCAAAGCGAGAAUUAUAAUGUAACCGCUUUGGGAAUCAUAUGAAUUGCUCAUCAUUUGAUAUAUUUUCUUGAUAUAUCAGAUGUUCAAGGAAUUACUUUUUUUAUAUUUACAUAAAUAUGCCACAUUGUGAUGGCCUUUAGACUUAUGUUAAUUUGCAUAUCAAACAUGCUGAGCAAAUCUGCUCUUCCUAGCACUUACUCUGUAUCUCACACGUAUAGCUUAUGUAGUUACCACUCUGUAUGGAAUUCUAUUAUUUUCAUAUAAAACACGCAAAUAAAUUUUUACACACGCA